GCUCCGCUUGUCUCGGUGGCCGCCUCGCACCUCCGCCCGCCGUCCUCCUCGCCGCCGCCGGGAAGGUGCCGCCGCUGUCACAUCUGCUCGCCGAUUCCCAGGCAUCCACCACUUCAGAACAAUGUCCUACGUUUUUGUAAAUGAUUCUUCUCAGACUAAUGUGCCCUUGCUACAAGCCUGCAUUGACGGAGACUUUAACUAUUCCAAGCGGCUUCUGGAAAGUGGCUUUGACCCCAACAUUCGUGACGGCAGGGGCAGAACAGGCCUUCACCUUGCUGCAGCCCGCGGGAACAUAGACAUCUGCCAGUUGUUGCAUAAGUUUGGUGCUGAUCUUCUGGCCACAGAUUAUCAAGGCAACACAGCUCUUCAUCUCUGUGGUCAUGUGGAUACUAUUCAGUUCUUGGUUUCCAAUGGACUCAAAAUUGAUAUUUGCAAUCAUCAAGGUGCUACACCCUUAGUUCUGGCAAAGCGCAGGGGAGUGAAUAAAGAUGUCAUCCGAUUGCUGGAAUCUUUGGAAGAACAGGAAGUAAAAGGAUUUAACAGAGGAACCCACUCAAAACUGGAGACCAUGCAGACAGCUGAGAGUGAAAGCGCCAUGGAAAGCCAUUCCCUCCUCAACCCCAACCUACAGCAAGGUGAAGGCGUCCUGUCCAGCUUCCGAACCACAUGGCAGGAGUUUGUAGAGGAUCUGGGCUUCUGGAGGGUUUUGCUCUUGAUCUUUGUCAUUGCUCUGCUGUCUCUUGGUAUUGCCUACUAUGUGAGCGGGGUGCUACCCUUCGUGGAAAACCAGCCAGAACUGGUGCAUUAAAGGAGCUCAUGGGAGGUGCGGCACAUGCCUGUUUCCUGGCUUCAGUGUUUCUCAGUUUCUCAAAAUUGUUCUCUUAGUGCAAGGCAGUGAGGUCUGUACAUUUUUUUCUUUUUGCAUUUUUACAUAUUGUAAUCCUUUAGAAUGGCAUGUUCAUUUGAACUGACUGCAUACUGUAGUCAGUAUACUGCAUCCUAAAGCUACCUGUGACUCAACCUGACUUCUUAGAAACACACAGCCUUGUGUGAUAAAAACAUGGAAAUGACUAAAGAAAGAAAGAUAAGGGAAGUCCUUGCUAUAGAAACCUAACCCUAAUAUAGGACCAACUGAAGUGACGUGUUCAAAAAGAAAAAAGGUUUCCUUGUGUGGUUAGUUUUGGUUGGUGGUUUUGUUUUGUUUUUGUUUGUUUAUUUUUGCAAGAGCCCCUUUUCUCUUUUUAUUUAUAGUCUUGGAAUAGAGGAGAGAAUGAAAUAUUCAGCUUAAAACUUUAAGUGCUAAAACAACAACAACAACAACAACAAAAAACACUUGAAGUGCUUUUUUCAAAUUCUGCAUGGUAAGUCAGUAUUGUUGAAUCUGUUUGGUUUAUUUUAGUACUUUCAAGUUUAGUCACAAACCAAAUAGAUUUUUUGAAAGUGAGCUAUAUUUUCUUUAAAAAUUAUUGAUUUGAUCUUAUAUUUAUUUGUUUUUAGGAUAAUUUUGUGUGGGUUUUUUUUGUAAAGUGCUUUGCUUGUUGUUAAUAUGUGUGGCAAAUGAACUUGAGGAGUUCAUUUUGUUCACUUUUCAAUUUCCCCUAGAGUUUAUUUCAAGGACAAUCUGUUCAUCAAAAAUAUAGUCAGAAAACUUUUUCUGUUUAGUAGUUAGCAGGGAAAAAUAACUCUGAUAUUUAAUGGUCACUGUUAUUUUGUAGUGCUAUUACGAUAGUGGAAAAUUCAGUUCUAUAAGCUUGCCAUGUUGUCACAAUUGUAUUGUAGUUCAUAUUUAUUUCAUUUUAUGUGCAGCCCUUGUAGAGGCCCUGUAGGAUUGUCAUAACAAUUUCAGCCAUAUCAGUAAUUCUCCGGAGGCAAGAACGGAUGGCGUAUUUCUGAGUUAACAGUUGAACACGAUUGUACUGGGUGUCAUAAAUGUUUUAUGAAUGGUAAUAUUAUGUAAAUUGAAAUUUGGCUCCUAAACUAUAUUGAAGCAUUCAGCAGUAUGUUUGAAGGCCUCUUUUGUUAAUGAUUCUGUUAUGUAUAAAAAAUGUUCUUGGGCUAUUAAAAAAGAAUAUGAAGACUUGAUAAUUGUUCAUUGGGUAUAGUCAGAAAACUAUAAUGAAAGAACUAAUGGUUCUACUUUUUAGAACAAAGACUUCUAAGCUACUGCUAAUUGAAUUGUUGCUAGAAUUCGAACUUUUAGUUUAGAAUAGAAUUGGCAUUUCUGUGAUUCUUGUUGCUUCUUGUUAUUGGCUUUUUUGUAUUUACAUAUCUAAGAUUGAGGAGGCUUUAUCCUCCCUUUCUUCUCUCUUUCUCCCUUGAAGAGCUGUUUUAAAAUGCCUGAUUUAUCUGGCUGCUUCAGUACCAGCUCACGGAGUCUUGCUUUUAGGUUAGAUAACAAAAUAAACCUUACUUGAUGUAAAUACAAUAAAAACUGGAUUUUAGACCAGAGAGCACUAGAACACUAGAAAUCAAAAUAUGUUCAUAAUGAAAGCUGUGGAACUAGCUUUACAUUUGUUUGUAAAUCGAAACAGAUAUGCAAAUUGGCUAAAUAUAUAUGUACAUAUGUUGCACUUUUAUGUUUCCUUUUAAGUCCUGAUUUCUUUGUAUUUUAUUCUCUGCAUCAGAAUUUAGCGACACUACCAAUAAAUGUAUAUAUAAUCUCUUAAUAACAA